GGUGCGUGGGGCGGCGGCUACUGCACGGAGAGUGACUGGAGGGACUUGAGGGCGGUCGCGAGGGACAUGACGGAGGCGGAGAUUGAGGGGCAGUACUGCAGCCGCAAGCCGGAGUUUGUGCAGGGGCUGCGGGCGAUUCCGCAGAUGGAGGGAGCGAGUGAUAACACUGAGAUCUCGGGAGUGACACGUGGCUCUGUAACUGGCAGUGAAAAUGGGCAGACGCAGAAAAGUGCCGAGGACCCGACGAAUGCAGCUUCAGGCUCCCUUUCACCCGCUAGUACUGUUCCUGGGGCAGCUGCGCGGACACCUUCAGCACCAACUGUAUCCGAGGGGAAAAGGAGCUCAACGGAGACUUCAACUGACCAAAGAGACGAAAAGAGUGUGUCGGGUUCUGUCGGCACCGCGCAAACUGGUCCACAGCAGUUGGAGCAGCAGCCGAACUCGCAGCCUGAGGAGGGUGUGGGCGGAACAGCAGCAGACGCCGGAGAAACGCUGCCAGCGACGACGCCAUCAUCGUCAGUGGAAGGGCAACAUGCGCCGUCUCCACCGCAAGAAAAUACACCAGAGACGAAAACUGUUACGCCCUCCGUUGAGAGCUCCUCCAAACAAGAAGAGACAAAUCCUCAGCCAAAAAACACACAUGCGCCAUCAGCUGACAGUGCCGCUCCACCCCCUCCGCUACCGCACGCUGCAAGUGGCGGUUCUAAUGCCGGCGGUCAGGCUGAACAGCCCGCUGCCAACGCCGCCACCAAAACAACGAAGGUGAUGCAUGGCGACAGUGACGGCGGCACCGCGGCCUCGCACUGCACCUCCCCCCUUGCGCUGCUUCUUCUUGCGUGUGCGGCGGCUGCUGCGAUGGCGGCGGCGUGA